AUGCCCCACGCUUCCCGGGAGGUUCCCCUGCUGGAGCCUUCCCACAUGGGGCAGAGGAUGCUGGAAGGCAAAUUGGAAGAAAGCAUGGCACGGAUCGAAGGCAAACUAGAGCGUCUUUGGUCACUUGCCCUCAGGCAGGGUUUGCUUCUUCCUUCGCCCGGCGCUCUCGGGGUCCGCCUUGUAGGCCCCGAAGACUCCUUUGAUUCCAGCCGAUUGAACCGCAGACCCUCCGGAGCUUCGGUGGGUGCCUCUCCAUCUCCAGAGAUGGAAGCGGGUCAUGCUCGGAGGAAAGUGAAGCCAGCCUGGGACAUGUUUCAAUCUAUGUACAUGGACAAGGGAGUCACCCGCCGCCGCGCCUCACUUCGGAAGAACGACCCAAAGGAGAAGAAGAAGGACGAAAAAAAGGAGGCCGAAAAAGGACAGCAUGCGCAGGUCUCAUCGCCCAAAGAGACAUCUCCAGUCGCACCUGUGGAAUAUUGGCCUACAACACCUUCAUUUUGGUGA